AAGCAAAGACCGUCUGGCAACGAAAAAGACAUGCCUCUUCCGCGGAGAACCCCGUCGCGGUCUUUCUUUUUCCGGUCAUCAUGACUGGUAUCUCGAGCAAGCCUAUUAUCAUCGACGGCCAAGGCCAUCUCCUUGGCCGUCUCUCGGCAUUGAUCGCAAAGACACUCCUCCACGGCCAGCGCGUGGUUGUGGUGCGAUGCGAAGGCAUCUGCAUCUCGGGCAGUUUCUUCAGGAGUAAACUGAAGUACCUGUCGUUCCUGCGCAAGCGCUGCAAUGUGAACCCCAAGCGUGGGCCGUACCACUUCCGUGCCCCGAGCAAGAUCCUCUGGCGCACGGUGCGGGGCAUGGUGCCCCACAAGACCAAGCGGGGCGCCCUGGCCCUGGACAGGCUCAAGAUGUUCGAGGGCGUGCCUCCCCCGUACGACCGCAAGAAGCGCAUGGUGGUGCCCUCGGCCCUGCGGGUCCUCCGGCUCAACCCCAGGCGAAAGUACUGCACCCUGGGCCGUCUGGGCCACGAGGUGGGCUGGAAGUACCAGAACGUCAUCGAGUCCUUGGAAAUGAAGAGGAAAGCCAAGGCAGCCCUGUACUACAAGGACAAGAAGAGGGACAGGAAACUGUUUGCCGAAGCCAAGGUUCAGCUAGCGAAGCAGAUAGAGCCAAUGCAGAAAGUGAUUCAGAGCUAUGGCUACCGGGCGUGAUGAUCACCUGUUCAGUAAUAAAGUUGCUGGGAGGGCA